UAAAGUAUAAGUUAGUGCUUUACGAAUAUUUGUUUCGGUUUAUUCAGCGGAGGCCUGAUUCCACCAAUCAGAUCGUAGCGCUCCAAACUUCCCACCAAUCAGCACAACUCCUGUAACUUUCACGCGCUGCUCGCGUCUGUCGCUCUGUUUUGAUCCGCUGUCUGUCUGUAGGUGGUGAAGCCUCGAUGGGGACACUUUUGUUUUUAUGCUAAUAUUUUCUUUUACAAACCACGGGGCUUUUGUCAACGCUCAGGUUUAUAUAGGGGGGAAUGAUGACAUCAUUUAUCUGCGGUUGAGGAAGCGGCCGUGUUUCUGAAGAGCCUCUUGAGACCGUCUAAGCCUCUGCAAUGAGUUGUUUGGAUGUUAUGUAUCAUCAGAGUUAUGGAGCUCAUCACUACUUGCCUGCGACAUCAUCAGCAGCGGCGGCAGCGGCAGCUUACAAAGCGGCUUACUAUCAUCAUCAUCAUCAUCAACAUCAUCAGCAGCAGCAGAAGAAGUUCGGUGCCUACAGCAGGAUGCAGGAUUCGGAGGAGUUUCCCUCUCACUGUGGCCAGAAUAAGCAGCCUGGAGCGCUGAAGCCCCGUCCCGAGCCUGAGCUUCCUCGAGAGGAGGAGCAGAACGCUGGGGAAGAGGAGCGCUGCAAGGAGGCGCAGCCCGCCGAGGCCGAGUACUUGAGUGCCAGGUGUGUGGUGUUCACCUAUUUCCGUGGAGACAUCGGGGACGUGGUGGACGAACACUUCUCACGUGCUUUGAGCCAGCCCAGCUCCUUCAGCAAUGAUGCUAAAACCGGCAGACUUCACUCUGGAGGACCGUGGAAAGGAAACUCCCACUCCGAGGGUCAGUGUGGCUCCGUAUCGUCGUCCCUGUGGGGUAGCGGUUACCCAUCUCAAACCAGCCCGUGUGUCCCCUCCUCUCACCCUGACUUCCCCCACAGCGCCGCCUUCCACCCCGCAGACACUGGCAUCUGGAGCAGCCACAGCCUGGCCCCUCCUUCUGCUCUUACUGACUCUUGGCACUACGGCCUGGGAGCCCAGAGUGGAGCGGGAUACCCCCACGUACACGAGAUGUACCCUCACAUGCACCCCCGCCACCCACACCCCCACCGCGUGCUCCAUCACGCUCACAGCCCCGCGCUGGACCCCCGCUUCAGCCCCCUUCUGCUACCCGGUGUAAGAGCGUCAUGCAGCCCGACGUCCUACACAGACGCCAUCAAAACAGAGCUGGAACCGAGUAGCAUCCCGGCACCUAACUGGCCCGUUUCUUUCCACGGGUCAGUGGACAUCUAUGAUACAGCACCAGAGCAAGACAAAGCAAAGGCCAGUGUCUGGUUCUGACAGAGAAGAUUCACUGGACUACAUGCCUUAGACUGGACCACACUCUUCUGCAUGUGGAGUCUUUCCUCAGAGGACUGUCUUGGGAACUAUUCAGGGGGCAGAUCAGUCUCUAUCAGUGAGACAAGCACAAAAACAGCUUUGGGGAAAACUAGUGUUUUCUUAAAGCAUACUAUCCUGUCUGAGUUUGUGCGCUCAUGGACAGAGAUCCAAUUCAGGACGCUACUUCUCCUGUAUGGAUGCUAAACAUCCCAAAUGAGGUUUAAGAGGUAUAUCUCCCUCUUUCUUUACACAAAGGAGGUUUUCUCGACAUGGUUGAUGCUUUAGAACUGCAUUUAUGUACUUGCACAGGUUCUGUUGAAAGAACUGAUUGUAUUAGUACAGUACAAGGCAGAAAUGUGUUGAAUGUCUGAGAAAAUCUUUAUUUACUUUAAUAUAUUUGUCUAAAAUAGUCUCGUGACUUUACUGAUUGGUGUUUUCUGUUUGUAAUAUGUGUUAAUAGAUUAUUUUUUUUAUGUCAAAUUGUCUCGCCUUUGAGGAAUUCGUUUACUGCCUUACAUGAACUGCUAAGUUUUAUUGGCAAACAACCUUGUUUUUGUUUGGAUGGAUUUAUUAAAUCAUUACAGUGGUUACUGUCCCUUUAAA